GAGCCGCCGUCGCGUUCGGACGUGUGAUACGCCGCGAAGCCGACACCUGUGGCUCAACAAUCAAAAGUAUCAAACGCGCGUUCGAUUCUUUUAGGAUUACAGUGUUAUAGUGAAGUGUGUGAAAAUUUAUCAAUGGACGACUUGUGACCGGUUUUUCUGGACGACGCCGGUUCGCCGUGAGAAAAACUCAGUGAUCGCAAGUCGUUAAGAACAAGAUGCGUUGAACUCAGUGAAAUUUGUGAUAGUGUAUUAUUGCCAAAGAUUAUAUUAACGGUUUAGUGAUUUUGACAGUUCAGUGACAAAUAUGUUGAGGUGAUCCUGACAGGCUAGUUAGAACGCUAUGUGCUGUGAAGUUAACGAAAAUGUGUUCAAAAUUAGGAUUUGUCGCCGUCAUUAUUUGUGCACUCGCAACAAUCAACUGCUUUCAACAGCAAUAUUUUCGAGUACCACCGAAAAGCCUUCGAGUUCAAGAAGGUUCAGAAGCGGUAUUAGAAUGUGCUGUGGCGAAUUUAGCUGGACAGGUUCAAUGGGCUAAAGAUGGAUUUGCUUUAGGGUUCUCAUCGGUAAUACCAGGCUACCCACGCUUCACGAUGUUCGGUGACAGACGCCACGGUGUUUACAAUUUACGAAUUGUGAACGUUACUCUGGAAGAUGACGCUGAAUACCAGUGUCAAGUCGGUCCAGCACAGAUGCACAAAGUGAUACGGGCUAACGCCUCGCUGACUGUUAUAUCUCCCCCAAAUGCAGUGGAAAUAGUCAACCAUCCUCACAACUCCAAGCUGGAGGUGAAAGAAGGGGAGGACGUGGUCCUGGAGUGCCAAGUCAAAAAUGCGAAGCCAGCUGCCAAGAUUGUGUGGUACAGGGGUAACCAAGAAAUUAAAGGUGAAAAAGUAUCAAGUGAGGAGAUAAAGGAAGUCGAGGGUCCAACUGGGAACCCAAAGUCCACGAGAUACACUACAAUAUCCAGGGUUCAUUUUAAAGCGGCGGCGGAUGACGACUAUGCUGAUUUUACAUGCGAAGCCAGACACGAAGCGUUGCAUAGGGAUAUGCCCAUGCGCAGCACAGUACAACUCAGCGUGCUAUAUCCACCAGGUGCGCCCUACAUCGAAGGCUAUGCAGAGGGCGAGACAGUCAGACGAGGACAGAGCCUCGAACUUGUCUGCAGAAGUCGUGGUGGUAACCCACCAGCUCAACUCAUCUGGUACAAGAACGGAGAACAAAUACGAAUGGCGUACAGAACAAGCGGAAGGAUGUCGGAAAACGUGCUCUCAUUCAAGGCUGAUGCUUCUGAUAACAAAGCUCGGUAUUCAUGCGAAGCCAAAAACAUCAUGAUAAGUAAUACACUGAAAGCCGAAAUAGAUCUCACAGUUCUGUUUGCACCAUCCCACGUCACAAUAUCUGGACCAUCAGAAGCUCGUGUCGGCGAUCCUGUACCUUUGAGCUGUAGUACAGCACCUUCAAAUCCUGCAGCUGACAUCAAAUGGUUGGUGCUGGGGAAACAUCACCGAGAAGCUAGCAAUCGAACUGUGAUAUCUCCUGAAGGUGGUUGGAUCACCACAUCCAAUAUAACGGUAGUCGUUGAACCUAAUCGACGAUCGAUAGUCGUGGUAUGUCACGGUAUCAAUGGUCAACUGACCGAGAAUGUGGUAGCCACGCAUACAAUCAACGUUCUAUAUCCGCCAUCAGCUCCAAUGAUCACAGGUUACAUUCCUGGAACGACGUUAUCAGCUGGCACGGUCCAGAAGCUAUCAUGUAUUUCAUCUGGCGGCAAUCCUCUGGCUACACUUACUUGGUUUAAGAAUGACAAAAAGAUACAUUCAACAACAAAAACCACAGAUAAAUCUGUGUCAGCCGAGAUAUCGAUCCUAACCAAUGUGACUGACAACCAAGCCCAGUACAGGUGCGAGGCGACGAAUAGUGCUACUGAGAUCCCGUUGUUUGAAACUGUCACUCUUAAUGUACACUUUGCACCGGAAGCCGUGAAAGUGAGAGCUGAACCGCAAGAACUCAAACCGGGAAUCGAUGCUACAUUAUACUGUGAUGCGGCCUCCAGUAACCCACCGGCUACGUUGUCGUGGUGGCGUGACGGCAUUCCUGUACAAGGUCUCCCGAUGCAGCUUAAAAAAGGCCUCCACGGCGGCACAGUGUCCACUAUAGAACUGAAAUUGAACAUCACGAAGGACCUAAACAGCGCUGUGUAUACUUGUCAAGCGGUGAAUGAAGCGCUGCAGCGCAGUGUGCACGAUGCAUUAACGCUGAAAGUUCUUUAUGCGCCAAUCUUCGACGAAACGACCCCCUACACGACAGUCGGGGUAGAAAACGAACCUUUGGUCAUCAUGCUUCGAGCUGACGGUAACCCAUCCAGCAUCGCUUACACCUGGACCAAAGACGGCCUACCCAUUACACCGUCUUCGUACAGCACUUCAAAUGACAGAAUAAUUUCCGAGGGUAGUAUGUUGAACAUGACUAGACUCACACGUCACGAUGCCGGUAUAUACACUUGCGAGGCUGUCAACUCCCAGGGCGCAACAACCGUCAACAUAACCGUUAACGUACAUUUCCCGGCGGAAAUCAAAUCAGUGUCACAAAAUGCAUUGUCUAAUCCGAACGAGAAUGCGGUACUUGCAUGCACAGCCGCGGGAAAUCCGCUAACAUCGGACCAUAUCAAAUGGCAACGCAAGGGUUACGACAUACCAUCAAGAUCCGUAACAUUCGAGCCCAGAAAUCAAACCAGCUACCUCACCAUCGAAGGAGCGACAAGAGAAGACGUUGGCAACUUCCAAUGUAUCGUCAAUAAUGGCAUCGGUGGUGAUACAAGCCAGGAUGUGAUGUUAGUUGUCAAAUUUAAACCUGAAAUGGAUGCGUCACCAAACUUGGCCAAAUCUGCGUCCAAUACUGGUCAUGUUGGAAGAUUGACUUGCAAGAGCAAAGCGGCCCCGGCGCCUAACUUCACAUGGUCAAAAAACGGUGCGAAACUCCCAGUCAAUACAUCGACGAAAUAUUUCGCUGAAUUCCACAAGACUGACCCUAUAACAUACACUUCGGUUCUGCUCAUAAACGACAUCGGUUCAUCGGAUUAUGGCUCUUAUGAAUGUGGGGCUAGGAAUGAUUUGGGUUUCAGCACUACGUCUGUUAAGUUGGAUAUAACAAGCGCUCCCGAUCCAAUUAUUUCUAUAAUGGUUACAAAUGUUACCCACAACUCGGUGACAUUAUCAUGGAUCCCAGGAUUCGAUGGCGGGUUAUUCUCUUGGUAUAGAAUACGAUAUCGUAAAAUCAACGAAGAGACAUACAGAUACGAGGACGUGACGCCCAGAAAUUCAACUGUAUACACAGUCCACGGUCUCGAAAGGCACACCGAUUAUGUUUUUUCUGCGAUGGCUCUCAAUAAACUGGGCCAAAGUAAAUACCGACCGGAUGACACUAAAGUUACAACCCUUACUUCGUCGGAAGUAAGUGAGCUAAACGUAGUUUCCACAGAGUUCGUAGAAACGGCGGAUGCAUCGAAACUAGUCAUUGUGUUCGUCUCAAUCGUAGUUAUUGCUAUUUUAAUUUUCGGUAACGCUACGUUUGUUGCAUGUUUUAUUUUGAAAAGACGAUCGAGACGUUUAAAAGAACAAGCUGGUCAGUCUUCGAAAUCAGCCACUAUUGAGAUGUACGCCCCUUCAUCUUACAAUGACACGAUGACUGGAGAGACACUCAGCUCUGUGUCGGAGAAAUCAGAAACAUACUCCCAAGAUGGGGAUGACAGGCCCCCUCCUCCCAUACCUGAAGUACCUAGCAUGCCGAGCAGGCACAUGUUAAAUCAGACGGACGCAUACCUAAUGGGCGAACAGAGCCUCGUCAUACCCCCGCCCUUGGACUACCCCCCGCCGAACUACGCGGUCUACGAAGGUGACCACGCCAGGACAUUGCCACAUCCACACCGACAUAAGGACAUAAGCGGACAUAGCACCUUAGGAAGGAGCGCUGGUAAACAGAACUAUGUGCCGGCGCCCAGUCCCAUGCCGCCAUUGGACGGGUCCUACUACAAUAUGGCGUCGGAUAGAUACCUCUCGUAUCCGCCUCUGAUUGGAGAAUACUUGCAACAGCAAGCCGGUCGCACUCCGACACCACCGCAGCAGUACUCGUCAGGAAUACCAAAACCACAUCUUAUAAACGGAGUGCCGACAUCCCCUCCACAUAUGGCUAGCCCUCCCCUUAAUAUGGGCAUAGACGAUGGCUAUACACCAGGUCUAGACAGGCAGUCAGCGGGCGGUACACUUAGACGGCAGAGAUUCGACAAAAUGGCGGUCCCCCCACCUGACGUCACGGUACUCCACCAGGGGAAUUGCACGCAGCACCUCCCCAUGAAUCAAACGCCAUCGGUUAAACAGCCACAGUCAAUCUUAAAAGAUCCAUCUAGACACAAGUAUGGCAACCAAUAUGGGAGCCCAAUAUCAUCGAGCACUCCUCAGAAUAGUAAUUCGAGUCAAAUUCUGACAGUGCAAAAUCUAACAUCGGACGUGCCCCAAUACGGCACAAUCAAGAAAGACAACAAAAAACAAAACGUAACUAUAGACGAAUCGUACAAUAAAAGAAAUGAAACGCAUGUAGUCUAAAUGAAUUGACAAUAAAAUGAAGUGAAGUGAAGUUCGAUUCAACAAGUGACAGCAAACUGUUUGUGUUUAACAGUGCAAGUGAAGUUACAAUGUUUGGUGAGUGAACUGAAUCUACUGUAAAUAGAUGGACUAGUGAAAAAGAAAUAUUAGAUAGUUUUAAAAUUUCAUUGAUUGUGAUAUCUACGAUUGAACUGUUUGUGACAGGAAUGCGUGUCCAUGGUUAUCUAGAUAGUAUCAAGAUAAAUCUUAAGAAUUAUAGCCGAUAAUGUCAACAUUAAACUGAAGGGCUAUGUCUGGUUGUAAUGAUCGUUUGACUGACUUAUCAAUAUUACAAGUGUAUUUUUUUUUUUUGUAAUUAGAUUAAACGUCCAGAUGACAAGUGUUACAGACGAAUGUAAUGAAAUGAAUGUAAUAUUAAGUAAACUAUAUAAAUACUUGUAAUUUCCUCUAAAUAAUUUGCCAAUUAAAUUUUUAACGAUUCCCUACGAAGGAUCUCUUUUUUGGUUAAGUUUUUAAUGAUAUACUUAAAGUUAAUAUUGUUACAUAAAGAAAUUUGAUUAUCUUUUUAAAAAAAAAUUAUGGGAAAAUUUUAAAUUUACCCGUUCGAUGUUUGAUCAUAGUUAUUUUCGAAUAACAUUCGAAAUAAUUUAUCGAAAUGACAGAAACGUCUUAAAUAUAAUUAUUUACUUUUUAAGACGUUCUUGUUUAACGAAAAACAUUUUUGUACUUUAUAAAAUAAUAAUUGAUGACGCAAAAUAAUUGUCAUUUAAUAUUUAAUAUCGAACGUGUUAUUUUUAUCGUAAUAAUCAUUUAAAAAAAAUAAAAUUAUUAGUUUAAUUUGACGAGUAAUUGUUGCAUUUCAUGAAAUGUAAAUAAAAAAUAAUACUCAAACGCGAACUGACAAUAAUAAUAAGUUUUUAUUAAUUAAUUUUCAACCCCCUGCUUACAUUAAUUGUAAAUAAAUCAUUAAAAUAAAAAUAGCGUUUCUACUACAAAAUUUAAUCGGCGUUAAUACAGAUACCAAAGUUUUACUAAUUUUAUUUUUAAGUUAUUAAGCUACUUUUUUUAUUUUAUUUUAUUUUAUUUUUCAAGUCGAUCUUGUAACAAUCUGUUUGUAAUUAAUGAAUUUGCGUGACUGAUUUGUCUUAAAAUAAAAAAAUUAAAAUGUUUAUGAACAUUUUUCAAAAUUUUCAAAAUCCAUCCAUUGAAAAUACGAUUAUAUUUACAGAUGGAUGAUAUUUACUGCUACAUUUCGAAUUUAAAUAAAAGAAAAUCUAAUAUAUAUUCUUUUGUUUUAUUUUAUUUCCUUUCCUUUAUUUUAUUUUUAUCAAAAACUCCAAUUAUUAUAAACAUAUCAUUAUUGAACUUCAUUUAUUGUCGUAAUAAAUGAAUGGUCAUUUUCAUUUAAGACAUUCAAUUUAAUAAAUAACGAAGUGCCAAAGUAGUUGGUUAUUUUAAAUGAAUUAAUUUAUUUAAUUUUAAUUUUUUUGCUUUAUUAAUGUUAAAUAGAAUAAUACUGUAGCUAUGUUGUACGUCCUUCUACAUUAAAAUAAAUUUAGUAAUGUAUUCAAACCGUGCCUUAUAAUUUUACGCCAUUUUGAGAUUAAAAUAUCACAUAAGGAUAUUGCCAAAAUCUAAUCUUAAAUAAAAA